AUGGUGUUACUCUGUCAGUGGAACGUCCUGGAUGCAGUGCUACUGGUUCUGGUGCAGGGCUGGGCACAGUCCAUGAGUCAGGAGUAUGAUUACUACAGCUGGCCUUCAGAUAAUUUUCAGCAUGGACGCUUCUAUACCAAGCAACCGCAGUGUGUAGACAUCCCAGCUGACCUGCAGCUCUGCCACAAUGUGGGUUACAAACGCAUGCGCUUACCUAAUCUGCUGGAGCAUGAAUCUAUGCCUGAGGUCAAGCAGCAAGCCAGCAGCUGGGUACCUCUGCUGGCCAAGCGAUGCCACUCAGACACCCAAGUUUUCCUGUGCUCUCUAUUUGCACCCGUCUGCCUGGACCAGCCCAUCUAUCCAUGCCAUUCCUUAUGUGAAGUUGUGCGAGAUUCAUGUGCACCUGUCAUGGAAUCCUAUGGCUUCCCCUGGCCUGACAUGCUCAACUGCAAUAAAUUUCCCUUUGACAACGACCUGUGCAUCACAGUACAGUUUGGAAACAACCAAGCUACUCAACCACCAGUGUCAAAGAUCUGCACCCAGUGCGAGAUGGAACACAAAGCGGAUGGCAUCAUGGAGCAGAUGUGUUCCAGUGACUUUGUGGUGAAGAUGCGCAUCAAAGAGAUCAAGAAGGAGAAUGGGGAGAGGCGAUUAGUGGCCACUCAAAAGAAAAAAAAACUGCUCAAAGUGGGGCCAUUGAAACGUAAGGACACCAAAAAGCUGGUGAUGCAUAUGAAAAAUGCAGGCACAUGUCCUUGUCCUCAGCUUGAUGACCUCAGUGGCAGCUUCCUGGUUAUGGGCCGAAAAGUGGGUGGGAGACUGCUAGUCUUAGCCAUUUACCGCUGGGAGAAGAAGAACAAGGAGAUGAAAUUUGCUGUCAAGUUCAUGUUCUCUUAUCCAUGUUCCAUGCACUAUCCAUUCUUUUAUGGAUCCGACCCCCACUGA